GACGAUUUUGAAGACGAGAUAUACGGCGCCUGGCUUCUGGCUCGCCGGAUUGCGGCUGUUCGAGGUCGCUGAAGGGCUUUUCUCUGAACCGUCGGAGAAGGGCCAUAUGAAGAAUUGCAUUUCUCAGGCUAAGGAACAUUUGCAUGAGAUUGAUAGUCCUGCCCCAGCUCAAGAGCCUGCACAAAAUAGAGGAUAUCUUUUUGAGGGGCAUCUAACUGUGGAUCCUGAGCCACCGCAGCUUCAGUGGCUGGUGCAGGCAAACUUGUUGAAUGCAGUUGUUUCUGCUUUUCAUGCUGAGUCUUCUAGUCCUGUGGACAACAUUAACACUGAUGAGAAUGCUUCCCAUGUACUUGAAGAGCUCAUUUCCCACCUUGACUCUGUCAUUCCUGAGAUAUUGGAGAAUGAGUCUGCAGGCCCAAGAGUCCCACCUGCCAGUAAAGAAGUAGUUGCAAAGCUUCCAAUUAUCACUCUCACAGAAGAAAUCCUGGCCAAGGUUGGACCAGAUGCUGAGUGUUCAAUUUGCAAGGAGAACUUGGUUGUGGGUGAUCAGAUGCAAGAGUUGCCUUGCAAGGAUACAUUCCACCCUCCCUGUCUAAAGCCAUGGCUGGAUGAGCACAACUCCUGUCCAAUUUGUCUACAUGAGCUACAAACUGAUGAUCAUGCAUAUGAGAGCUGGAAGGAGAGGGAGAAGGAGGCUGAAGAAGAUAGGAAAGGCGCUGCAAAUGCUGUACGAGGUGGUGAAUACAUGUAUGUUUAGAUGACUGCUUUUGUGGGAUUGGUGUAGAAUCAUGUUUUACUAUUUUAUUCAUAGUUGUGACCAUGCCAAGCCAUAAAGCAAAUCGAUCUACCAUUUUUAUAGUUUCCUGUGGUUGGUUUUAGCACAUUUUGAUUAUCCAAUGCUCAGCUGCACUUGCAACUUACUUGGAAGUGAAGGUUUAAUGGGUUCCUUUAAGUUCCAAUUUCGGUGUGGUAUGGUCAACCCAAUGCCUUAGUACUGAGGGUAUCUUUAACAUCCUGGUUGGAAGUCCAUGAAGUCCAACCAGGAUACAAACAGAAGGAUGUGGCCCAAACAAGAAAAGGGGGGAAGCCCCUACAAAUUUUGCUCAUUGUAGCAAUUUUGCUCUAUUGAAAAUUGAGAUGUUGCCCAGAAGGUAUAUAAGAUCUCAAAGACAAUUGAUGGGCUUUUCUUUUUGGGUUUUAUUGUUUCUUUUUCUUGCUUGCAGUAGAUAGAAAAAGAGCAUGACAUUAGUUCAGAGAAAACUCUGGAACAAAAAUUACCACCUUGUUGAAAUGAUUCUUAAAGGAGGGGAAAAUUUCAUGACUCUAAAUUGCAAUGUGAAUGGAUAUAUGCUGCUGCGGUGUGCGGUAUGUUGGCUCAGGCAGUUAGGCCUCCUCCGCCUUCACUUUCUCGAUGAAGUCGGCAGCAUCUUGAACAGUGGCAAUGUGCUCAGCUCCACCUUCUCCAAUGGAUACCCCAAACUGCUCUUCCAAAGCCAUCAUUAUCUCUACCUGAUGAUAUUUUGCUGAUGCAAGGUCAACUUCUACUCUUUCCAAAUUUAAACAGAAUGAAACAAAAUCUGUUGGGAUAAUCCAAACCUUAUGAUAUUUGUCCUGGUGAUAAUGAGACCUACCGUGUGAAGAGAGUCGCCACCCAUGUCAGCAAACUUGGUUUCAGGAGUGACUGAGCUCACUUCAAUUGACAAUUGCUUUGCAAUGGUACUUUGGACGAUUUGCAGGGUCUCAG